GCAAAAUUAAUGUCAAAGUAAUGUAGAGUAUUUUCUGUGUCUUUUUGAUCUUUCUCGCAUUUUCUUUUCUUUUAGAGAGAACUCAAUUCAAACCAUGGUUUUCAUUCAUGAAACCUUUAACAUUGUAUGUCACCCUGUAAACAUGGUUUUGCUGCUCAUCAUUUUUCCGUGUUACCUGGUUUUCAAGAUUCUCCACUUCAUCGUAAGAUCGGUGUUUAGUGAAAACGUUGCAGGAAAAGUGAUACUAAUCACUGGAGCCUCUUCUGGCAUAGGCGAACAUCUAGCAUAUGAGUAUGCCAGAAGAGGAGCGCGUCUAGCACUUGUUGCAAGAAGAGAGAAUCGACUCAAGGAGGUUGCUAGCAAUGCCAAAUUGCAUGGAUCCCCUGAUGUGAUCAUCAUUCCUGCAGAUGUUUCAAAUGCUCAAGAUUGUAAACGAUUUGUUGAAUCAACAAUCAAACACUUUGGACAAUUGGAUCAUCUGGUGAACAAUGCAGGAGUAGGUCUUCUCGGCUUGUUCGAAAAAACCCCUGAUAUCACUAAUUUUACUCCUGUAAUGGACAUUAACUUCUGGGGUUCUGCAUAUGGCACUUACUUUUCAAUCCCCCACCUCAGAAAAAGCAAAGGCAAGAUCAUAGCAAUAGCUUCCUGUACUGGAUGGUUGCCUGUUCCAAGGAUGGCCAUCUACAAUGCGAGCAAAGCAGCAGUUAUCAGCUUAUAUGAGACUCUGAGAUCUGAAUUGGGAAACGACAUUGGUAUAACUAUAGUCACUCCAGGGCUGAUUGGGUCAGAAAUGUCGCAAGGGAAAGUCCUAUCAAAAGAAGGCAAGAUGGUUUUAGAUCAACAAAUGAGAGAUAUUCAAGUGAGUUUGAUGCCCGUAAGAUCAGUCACAGAGGCCGCCAAAGCAAUCGUGAAAAGCGCAUGCCGCGGGGAUUCGCAUUUGACGGAGCCAGCAUGGUUUAGUACAAUGUUCUAUUGGAAGACAUUAUGCCCUGACUUGUUAGAAUUUGUUAGUCGCAUGUCACUAGUGUCGGGUUCUUCGGAGAGGGAUACAGUUAGCAAGAAACUCCUUGAUGUAACAAGCUUAAAGAAAUAUCUGUAUCCCAAGUCAGUGAGAAAUCCCAAUCUCAAACCCAACUAAACAUCAGUGGUAAAGUGCCGUUGAAAUUAAUAUUAAUAAGGAAAUAAUAGACAAGAUUCCCUCCAAGGCUUUAAGUCUUGAUUCUUGAAGGAGAUCAACUGUCACCUGUUUCAUUUUGA